UUUGUGUUUGCUUGUCUAUUUAAUCUACAAGUUUCGACGAAGACACUUAUCAUUGGAUGAUGGUAUUGAAGAAUUUCUACAUAGCCAUAAAAAUCUUCAACCAAUCAAAUACUCAUAUUCGGAGCUAAAAAAGAUGACUCAUAAUUUUAAGAAUAAAUUAGGUCAAGGAGGUUUUGGCUUUGUGUAUAAAGGAAAACUCCAAAGUGGUCGCAUUGUAGCUGUAAAAAUGUUAGUUAUGUCAAAAGCUAAUGGGCAAGAUUUCAUCAAUGAAGUUGCUACAAUCGGAAGGAUUCAUCAUGUUAAUGUUGUGAGACUUGUUGGAUUUUGUAUACAGAGAUCAAAAUGGGCUCUUGUAUAUGACUUCAUGCCGAAUGGGUCUCUUGAUAAGUUUGUUUUUCUUGACCAAGGAAACAACAUUCCCUUGAAUUGGGAAAGAUUAUACAAGAUUGCACUUGGAGUGGGACGUGGGAUUGAAUACUUACAUCAGGGAUGUGACAUGCAAAUUCUCCAUUUUGAUAUCAAGCCACACAACAUUCUUCUUGAUGAAGACUUCACACCAAAAGUUUCAGAUUUUGGUCUUGCCAAAUUAUAUUCAACAAAUGAUAGUAUUGUAUCCAUCACUGCUGCUAGAGGAACCUUGGGCUACAUUGCUCCUGAAUUGUUCUACAAAAACAUUGGAGGUGUAUCAUUUAAGGCCGAUGUUUAUAGUUUUGGAAUGUUGUUAUUGGAAAUGGUGGGGAAAAGGAAGAAUGUGAAUGCAUUUGCAGAACAUUCUAGUCAAAUAUAUUUCCCAUCAUGGAUUUAUAAUAGAUAUGAUCAAGAAGAGGACAUGAAAAUGGGAGAUGCCACUGAGGAUGAAAAAAGGUAUGUAAGGAAAAUGGUGAUAGUUGCACUAUGGUGUAUACAGAUGAAGCCCAUAAACCGUCCUUCAAUGAGCAAAGCCUUGGAGAUGUUGGAAGGAGAGGUUGAGUUAUUAGAAAUGCCUCCGAAGCCUACUCUAUACUCUGAGGAAAUGUUAGUUGAGGAUCAUAUGAGCAAUCCAAUAGAAGCACCAAUUUCCUUGUGCAAUUCCCUGGGUACAAUUACAUUAGAUGGAAGGUAG